AAAGUCUUUGGUUAAUCGUAAGUCUGCGUGUACCGAACAGUAGAAGUUUUGUACUGAAUGAUGUUUGGUAACAACAUGUAGCUAGUGUCAGUGGGUCUUGCGUGGUUUGGAGUUGCUGUGUUCAUGUAUUCAGUUUCACAGUUUGCAAGAUUAAACGGAACUCAGAUUCAUUCACCCACACUUAUCGGAGGCAUAGUGUUUUCCUCCCGUUAUUCAUCUUGACACCAGCAGCAGCUGUUUCAAAAAAUCAAUAUUGUUGAGGAAUGGGAUUUGAGGUAAACAGAUUUCAGGGUGAAGUCGAUGAGGAAUUAGUUUGCCCAAUAUGCUCAGGUGUUCUUGAGGAUCCUCUACAGGCGCCCAUAUGUGAGCAUGCAUUUUGUCGUGAAUGUAUUCAGGAAUGGAUAUCAAGACAACCAACAUGCCCAGUUGACCGACAGAAUAUCACUUCAGCACAGCUGAGGCCUGUGCCACGUAUUUUAAGAAACUUGCUCUCCAGGUUAUAUAUAACAUGUGAUAAUGCUAGCUAUGGCUGCACAUCAGUAAUGAAACUGGACUCUUUAUCAUCACAUUUGGAAGAAUGUGAACAUAAUCCAAAACGACCUGUAACAUGUGAACAAGGCUGUGGCCUGGUAAUUCCUAAGGAUGAAUUAAAGGAGCACAACUGUGUGAGAGAACUGCGUGCAUUGAUCCACUCACAGCAGCAAAAAAUGACUGAUUUCCAGCAAGAGAUGGCUGAGCAACGUUUCCAGAUAAAUGAACAAAAGCGUGAACUGCAGUUACUAAAGGAUUUUAUGCGAGCGAUGCGUAUAUCCAAUCCAGCGAUGAGAGCUAUAGCGGACCAAAUGGAAAGAGAUGAAGUGUUGAGGUGGUCCAAUUCCUUGACAAGGGCAAGAGUAACUAGAUGGGGUGGAAUGAUUUCAACCCCUGAUGAUGUUUUGCAGGCAAUGAUAAAACGAACGUUGUCAGAGUCAGGCUGUCCACCCCAUAUUGUGGAUGACUUAAUGGAAAAUGCACAUGAACGGCGCUGGCCACCUGGACUGUGUUCUCUGGAAACUAGGCAAAAUAAUCGCCGUCAAUAUGAACAGUACGUGUGUAAGAGGGUACCAGGAAAGCAAGCUGUGGUAGUUUUGCUGUGUGACAAUACACAUAUGAGUGAUGACAUGAUGGUUGACCCUGGACUUGUUAUGAUUUUUGCUCAUGGAAUUGAGUGAAAAAACAUGAAAGUCCAUGUGAUUUAACUAAACCUCAAAGUGUUUUAAAUGCUUUGUUAAUUCAGCAUUGUGUUGUACACUGACUACCAGAAUUAAGGAAAUUCUGUUCUUACAACUAAACAUUUUCUACCAUUUUUGUACCUUUCCUUUUCCUUUCUGUAUAGUAUUUCUCUGUCUAGUCUUCCUGUCCUGUCCUGACAAAGUCGGUGCUAUCUUAGUAAUCAUAAAAACAUUGUAAUGGAUUUGUUUCAUUUCUGUAACAUUACUGUACAUUUGUCCAUCACCACUUGUUCAGAAUAUUCACAAUCUGUGUCAGUAAUGCAUGAUGAUUUUAGGUGCACCAUUGUUCUUUCCCACAUAUUGAAAACAUUGGAUGUUAAAAAUUCCUUUAUAUUAUCCCUGCAAUGAUCUUGUUAGAAAUAUUUAAAAUCUGCAGCAACAUCAAAUUCAGUGGUAUGACCAUUUGUAACAAAUUUGGUGCUAUCAACUGUGUCUGUUUUUGAAAACUAUUUUGUUUUGUCUGUUCUCUUUGGCUACUUUUUUCCCCCACUCACACUUUCAGCAUCUUUUACUUAACAAUAUUGCAAUUCACCGCUUGUAAGUAAGUUCUCUUCUUCCCCACAGCAUUUUCUAAGUAACCAUGUGUUCUAAUCAGUCAUUUCUUUCAGAGUAUUAGUGGGCAAGUUAAAUUAAGAAGGUGACGGGCAGAUGGAAAAGGUACAUGUUGCUACUGCUAUCUCCCAGCACUGAGAUCUGACUAAAGUGAACAGUGAUGUUCACUGGAUGGUGGGGGUAAGGGUAGAUGUGUGUGUUGGAGGGAAGGGGAGGAGGAGGGGCUGGGGGGCGUUAAGAAUGGUCUAGGCAGGGUGAAACAUGUAGGUGCAUGCGGGGGAGGUGAGUUAUUACCUCCAGCACCACUACCACUAAUUUGCUACUGCUAUCUCCCAGCACUGAGAUUUGACUAAAGUGAACAGUGAUGUUCACUGGAUGGUGGGGGUAAGGGUAGAUGUGUGUGUUGGAGGGAAGGGAAGGAGGAGGGGUUGGGGGGCGUUAAGAAUGGUCGAGGCAGGGUGAAACAUGUAGGUGCAUACGGGGGAGGUGAGUUAUUACCUCCAGCACCACUACCACUAAUUAUUUUGGCAAUAUAUUAAUAGCAAUAAGUACAAGGGUCCGUCGUAAAGUUCAGAUUGUCGUCCUUCAAAAUGUGAUAGGGGGCUUGUGUUGAUUUGUUGUUAAUGCUUCUCUGUGUAGUCGCCAUCCCUAUUUAUGCAUUUUUCCAGUGUUUCUUAACCAUCCAAAUGCCUUUAUUGUAGAAGUCUGCAGAUUUUGUCUUGAACAACUUUUGCAAUUUUUUCAUGAUGUUAGCUGUGUUGUAAUAUCUGUGACCGGUGCAUUGUUAGCCAGAAAACGAACACCUCUGAAGAGCAUACCAUACCCUGUUCUUUCUCAUACCUUGUCCAGUAGAUUACUGUAGUAUCUGCCAGUGUUGAUUUGAGCUUUGACAAGGUAAUCUGUGAUGAUUCCGCAACAGCCCCCAAAAACUUGAGCAUGACCUUCCCAGCUGACUUUUGCUCUUGGCUCAUCUGUCAGGGACAUGUGGCUGGUAAAGAAAUUCCUUUCCGAAUUCAUAAUAGUGUCAUAAGACAGGCAGUCAUUUCCAUAAACUUCAACAUCUCAUUGUGGAUUUCCUGGACACUGUUACUCUUCAGGUGUAGGAACUGUAUCACACCAUAAGCCACAGUUUUCUACAUCUUCCACCUCAGUCACUUCUGUCACUCCUUAUAAAAAUAAAAUAAAAGUAAAAUAAAAGUAAAGGAUAUAAUUAACUGAAAUUUUCAACACAAAGCACAGAAGAAGCAAUGAUGAUACAGAAAAAAAUUUCAUCAGUGUAGCAUAACAAUUUCUGGGUGAUAAUUAAAACUUUGAUACCUUUCAUAGUUAUUGUAUAGUUCCUUGUCACUAAUAAGAAAUGCUGCACUUUUCUGAAACAAGAUUAGGAUUAGUAUCCUUCCAACAAUUUUCAAAACUGAGGAAAUGUUUCUUUUGUAACUACCACCAUGUGAAAAAGAAACCAAAUCCAACUAGAGAGAGAUCUGUAAUUCAACCCUAGUUAAAGAUAUUUACUCAUGGUAGUUCACGUGAUAUGGCUUCUGAUUUCCUCUUUUAUAAAUGUGUUUUUAGCAGAGACUGAUGGAGGAACCUGUUUUUUAAUAUUUGUUAGUUGCAGGGCAGUUCAUUACAGAUAUUUUUGAUUUUUAGUGCAUUUGUGAUGAUUUACUAUAAAAAUAUGUUUGUCAUAUCUAAUCCAAUUUAUUAAACUACUUUAUUUAAUGGUAUUUUUCAUUGAUCUUUCCUGUCAGAAUUUGAAACAAUGGAAUGGAGAGAAAAAAGUUAUUCACGGUUAAAUCCCUUCAUGGCUUACACCCCUACACAAAGCAUAAGGAUGGAAAAUAAAUUUUGCGUGAUGUCUUGAUGAAACGUGGACCGUACAUAGAACGAACUGCUACAGUAUAGUACAAAAAGUAACUGAAAGAAUUGCACAAUAAGACAAACAGAAAUAACGCUUGUUCCAUAGACAUCACAAACAGCAGGACAUGGUUUUCAAUAGGAUGUGGGAUCAACAGACUGCAGUGCACACUGUGCAAAGUGGUCCCAAUCUGGCCACAAUUUUGGUAAGGAGUUGUUGUAGGGUUUUCCAUUCUUUCUCCUUUGCAGUUGAUAGUUGCUGGAUGAUCAUUGUUGCAUCUGGAUGUGCUGCAGUAUGUCUCCCUAGUGCAUCCCACAUAAGCUUCAUGAGAUUUGAAGUGGCUGAACAGGUAGGCCAGUACAUUCGCCAAAUAUCUUUUUGUUCUGAGAGUACUUCAUCUGCGCAGUUCAAUGUGGUAGUUCAAUUUGUCCAUAAAAAUAGUUUGCCGAAUGCACCCUUAACAAGACACACAUGAUAAAGGACCUCAGGGUCACAGUAGCAUUGAUGGGUGACUGUAGUGUGUUAAAAAAUGUGAAGAUCGGUAUGUCCAUUAUGUCUCCUUGUGUCAUACCACCUGGACCGUAAAAACAAUCAUGUUCAACAGAGUUGCCGGAUGCAUUACACUUUCCCACCUCUGACUGUUUACCGACCUUGUGCUCACCUUAGCAGCACAUCGCAGAGCGUGCAUUGCCAUCCAUGGUGAUCCACACCCUAUUAAGAAGCAUGUGCUGCCUUUUGUAAUAUCCAAGGGACCAUUGUAAAUUGCGGUGACUUCAGUGUAGUUAUUGUCUUUGAUAAAAGUAUCAUUUCUCUUCAUCUCACUGCAUAUUUCUUUCAGUUAACUACUACAGUACAGUACAGAAGGUCUGUACAUGUGAUCCAAGGGUAUUGAAGGGGGUGUUACAAGCAUUUAUAAACGAUUUAUGCUUUCGUAUAAUUGUUUCUGUAGAGCAAGUAAUGUUGCAAGACAGGGUGGACUAAACACACAGUUAGGCAGUCGUUUUUGUUCUUUCUUGUGAAGACUGAUCAGUUGCAUCUGCAUGAAGUCUCAGAAAUAUUAUAGGUUUGUCUCUAAUUUACUUUAUUGCUAUGUCGUUUUCUUUAGUAACACAUUUUUGUAUGGUUUAUUUCCAUCAUUAAUGUGAAAGCAUUGCAUUUUCCAAGGAGUCUGCAUCGGUCUAGUAUGUCUCAUUUCUACUUAAUGAUUUUGCAUUAUGAGAUCAGCAAGUUGAUCUUUCGUGUUUGGGUAUCCACUGUCUUCUUGGGCAAAGCAAAGUGAUGAAAGGGGUCUAUAUGAUACUUACAUUGAGAAGGAACAGAAUUAAAUUUCCCAUCUAAGCAUCUGGAUUUAGGUUUGUCAUUGUUUUUCCAACUCGGUCAAGGUCAGUGACAGAAUAAUUUCUUUGAAAAGAAUGUGUCAAAUUUUCUUCCUCAUUCAAUGUUUGUACACCCAUCUGCAAAGUCCUCAUUGUAGAUAAGAUAUUAAACCAUAAUCUUCCAUCUUGGUGGAGCAUAUUUGUCAUCCUGAGAGAUGUUAUGUUGUGGGAGUGAUUUAUUGAGCCAAGUUACUUUUGUGAAAAUGACAUUGUCGAUUUGGGUGAAAGUUCUUUUUUUGUACACUCCAUUUCUCGCAAACUGCAAUUUAUAAUGUAUAUCAAAAAAGUACAGUGAUCAUAGAUGAGCUUAAGAAUAUGUAAUACUCAUACAUCAGUUUAGCUUCAUGUCUCUAACACAUCUUGUAAAUAAGUACAGGGUGCCCCACUCAAACCUCCCUGAUUUCAAAGACCCAGGAAAAAAAACACAGUAGAUAUGACAAGAAAAAUGCACGACAUUGUAGAGCAUUUCAAAUAAUUUAUUUAUUGAUCAUCAAUACACCUCUACACGUGCACCAUUUGUAGCACGAAGAAUAUUGAGUCUAUAUUCAAUUUCUUUCAAAGUUCUUCAUAAAAUUUCCUCUGUUAUUGUUGCAAUCACAUUAGUGAUAUGAUGAUGUCACACCAUAAGAAUAUCAUCCACUUUGGUCACAUACUCUAGGUCCUUCACGAAUCCCCACAUAAAGAAAUUAAGUGGCGUAAUGUCAGGUGAACGUGGCGGCCAGGCAAUGGGCCCUCCGUAUCAAAUCUAACGAUUGGGAAAUUUUCUAUCGAGGAAUUUGUGAACAUUUCUUGCUGCCAGAAACUUGCUAUACCAUUCCUGAAUUGUUUUCACAUCAUGUGGAUCACGUUCACACACGACGAUAAUUUCUUUGCACAGUAAUCGGUGAGUUUGUUUCUGCAAACCACACUACUGCUUGUACGCACUGCUGUAGAGUUACCAUUUUCACUUCAUGCAUCCAUGCUGCACUCUGGUGAUGAUACUUGGCCCUUCUGAUGUAGGAAUAUAAAUUCUUUGAGAUGCUCUACAAUGUGAUGCAUCUCUCAUUGUUGUAUCUACUGUGGUUUUUCUCUCCUGGCUCCUUGAAAUCAGGGAGCUUUGAGUGGGACACCAUGUAUUUCCAGUAUUGUACAUGUGUGUUUAUUUUUAGAAGUGGCCAUGCAAACAAAUGAAUUAUUAUUUAGUUUGUAAUUCUUUUUAAAUGACAUAUACAAUGGAAAGCUAUAAUACUCGAUGAAAUGGAACGCACUGCAUCGUACUACAAUUAAUUUUAGUGAAGUCUUAUUGUAUGAGAAGACUUACAGUUGUACUUCUACAUAGGACAAAGUUUCUGUUCAAAAAUAUGUGAAAUGGCUUGAUUUUGUAAAGCUGACAUACAAUCAAGACUUAAUGAAAAUUCUCUAAGAAUAAUUGACAUAUAAAUAACUAAGCAGUAGAUUAUUUUUUCCUAGCAACAAUUUCUGUGCAUUUUUUAUUUAUCUGUUAAAAGACUGCUCGUAAGUUUGGAUACAGUUCCCUUUGACUUUCGUUAAUUUACAGUUUGUGUGUGCUCGUUUCUUUCCAUUAUUUCUGUUAAAAAUUUUUCUUAGACAGUGGAACAUUUUAACAGACUAACUCGUGUUCCACUGUGAUUUGUGCUGUUUAUUUGAAUGAAAAGUAUUCUGCCCAGGUACAUAAUUUAUAGUCUGUCUGAUUUGUUAUUGCCAUCAUUCUUGUGGCCUUGAAAUGAAAUAAAGCAUUAGAAUGUCACCUUUUCUGUAGAAUUGUAGCUAUAAUUGAUUUAUUAAAGUUACUCAAGGUAGCUUUAUUAAGUUCUCACAUCAGGUACCAGUAUUUGUCUAAAAUUCCCGUCCUUUAUCACAUAUAUCAUUUUUAUAUACACGUAUUUCUUCUGCAAGUUUGCAUAACUGUGCCUUGUGGUGCUUGAUAUCAAAUCAGUAUAUUACCAAGUGCAGCGAACUGGCUACAUGGCCAGGGUGGCAGUGUUGUUACUUUUUAUAUCUGAUAAGCAGGAGAGGGGAGGUAGUUAAAGCAUACUGUCCAGUACUCUUAAAAGUGGGGUGCUGCUACGCGCAACACUUCUGUACGUGCCACUGAAUGAAGUGUCCAUUUAGUACUAGAACAGAAACAAGACUUACAAUACCUCUCACCUUGACUGCACGCAAUGCUAUUUGGCAGUGUCCUUCCCCAGUGAUAUUGUUUCCCUCAGCUGUGUCUGUCGACCCAUUGUUUGCUGUUUGUCAUGGGUGAUAUUGCCUACUGUUUUCUGAAUAUAUGCCAGCUGAUUCUAUAAUAUCUUCAGGGUCUUCAUCAUCAAAGCCUCUCUCCUAUGGUGUUCAUAACACUUUUUAGUGUGAUAAACAGCCUUUCUGUUCUUAGUCACAACACCUAAAAGCAAUUGUCAUAGGUGCAACAGCAAAUUUACCCAAUGGUCCAGUAGUAAGCAUCUUUAGCCAGUAAAACCAAGGUCCUAAAGUUGAUUCCUGGUGAUCACUUCAACUUUUUCUCUGAUGUUGAGGUUUGGAAGGAGAUUCAAUCAGCCCUGUAAGACCAAAUGAAAAAGCUGUUUGCAUACAAAAACAGUGAACUGGAUAUUCAAGUUGACAACGUAGAUUUCUGUCAAACAACUUGCACCAGACUAGAUGACAAACAUUUAUUUAUUAGCAGUAAAGCAGCAGCUGUUAUUUUUUUUCAGGUUAUAGAUUAUGAUGCUUAAUGUAUUACAUAUAAUAAUCUAAUACUUUGAGAUUCCAAACCAGUUCUUUGCAGGAUCUAGGUUUAGAUGGCAUGACAGUAGGAAGGGAACCAUUUUCUUACAGAAUACUGUCAGCAGAAUAAAGGGGUCCAAAAGUUCGGCUUUUCUUGUCUCUACUUUAUUUCUAUCCUUUUCUACAAGGUAGUAUGAAGUUUUGCUGCAUACUGAUAGAGGAGAAGGGAGUAGGAAACAAAGCUUUGCAUUCACAACAGUGAAACAUUUCCUGGCUGUUUUACAAUACUUUUCUGUAAUGUUUCAGUGCAACAUUUAUUCACAACGUAUAUAGCCUGAAAUCCCAGUGCAGUGUAACAAAAGGUGUGAAGUUUUGCAAAGAGGGUUUUCUUUGUAGAGUUUGUAAUAUUGCAGGCACUGCUGUCUAAUAACACAUCUAUGUAUAUUAUUACUGAAAUAUUCAUGUGCAUUCUACUUACUUAUACUUACUUUGUGCUGGGGCAGGUACUUGAUCUGGCCCUACUCAGCAUUGUGUCAUCUAAUUUACACACCACACUUUAAUUUUGCUUAAAUCAACAUUUGUUUGCAUCUUCUGUCACUCUUUCUUGUUUCAUAAAGGUACUUCCCAUUAAAACUUUUUGAGAUAGGGCUGUAUGUAGCCAUGUGAUAUAAAGUAAUUCCUGCUACAGCCAAGUAACCACUUCGCCUUGCUUAGUAAUACAAAAUUCUAAUUUUCCUUUUGUGAUGAGUCCUGUGACACAUUAUGUUAACAAGAUAUACGUUUUGUAAUAGGUAUGGACUGGUUUGUUAUAAUUCAGUUUUAUGUAGAUAUUACUUCAGAGAAUGUAAUUACAAUCCGAUCAGUGCGUUUAUUUCUCUGUCUGUGCAAUUUCGCUUUUUUAUAUCAGACUUUUGGUUGUGGAAAAUCAUUUUCAGAGCUAAUAAUUUUGUUGUCGUAUUGAAGAAGUAAAUAUUUAAUAAAUAAAACUGACACCAGUCCUAUGUUGGAUUGAUACCAUUUUUUUCUAUUGGUGUUGCAUGUAAAUAAAUCUGAUUCUGAUCCUUUCCUGGACUGAUACCAGAUCUUUCUAAUGAUGUUGCAUAAGUUUGAUUCUCUUUGGUGGAGAGCAUGCUGCUGUUAUUAAGUUAUGAUUCUCUCUCUCCUACCUCUCUCCUCUCUCUCUCUCUGGGUGGGAAAGGGGGGGGGGGGGGGAGAUUGCUUGCUGAUUGCUUCUUUUAGACUUACGGGUUGUUAAUUUUUGAGAUGUUGUUAAUUUGUGAGUGAUUGUCAAAUGAUGAAUUUGUUCUUAAUGUAAUAGAAGGCUUUUGUUUUGAACUUUUAUGUAUGGAAAUUUCUUUUUUAAAGAAAAAAGAAAUAUCAGUUUGCAAUAUUCUUGUCAUAUAUCGAUUGUAAUAGAAGAUACAUUGUUAUAUUACUAAACUGUGAAACAGAAAUGCUUUAUAAAUUUUAUUAUUGUUAUUUUUGUUAACUGUGCUUCCUUACUGUGUUUUUAACAGUCUGUGUCUUUAAUAUAUAUUUUGUUUUCAUUUUUCAUGUUCUGCUACUAUCUGAUAAAAAGAAUGUAAAUAUAUCAGUGUAUACUACUGAUGAAACACUAAUGAGUUUUCAGGUAGGUGGCAGUAUUGAGAUACCAGAACAUUUUGACAAGUCUCAUACUUGACCUUUUCGCCAGAUGAUUAACAAGACACUAGUUGAAACACUGAGGUAUCUUAACACUGCUACUGUUUGGGCAACAGAGCUUUUUAUCAGGAAGAAGAUAGCUCCUUUGAAGUAUUAUAUAUUUUUUCCUAACUCUGAUCCCUAAUUUCAGUUUUGACGUGUGAAAUAUAUUUCAGUGUCAGAAAGUAUUUUAUUUUAUAAAAAAAUCUAAGUGCUGCUUUUGUGAUUUGUUUUAAAAUUACAAUUAUAGUAUCCUUAACUGAACAUGCACUUUAGUAUAUUUUGUUAUAACUUACUGCUGGUAAAACUUACACAUGUGAUAUCUGGUGAUGGAUGAUCCUAAUAUACCAAUUACCUUAGUGGAUUAUGGAUUUUCUGUAACACUGCAGGGUAAUGUAGAAUAAUGAAAAUGUUUAAGUUAGUGUGGUUUGAGUAGUUUAUUGUAUCACAUGGCUGUGGAAAUAUGAAAAAGAAAAAAAGUAAUUAAGACUGACUAUUGUCAGGUGUACAAUGUGUUGCCUGCAAAGCUUCUGUCACUGAUGCUGUACCACUGCCAUAAUUCAUUACAGUUAUUAAUUUAUGUACUGGCCUGUAAUAGGACUUGCAAUUGUUUGAUAAGUGUUAUCUUCUGUAGAAGAGCCAAUUACAUUGAGCUUUGACUUCUGGAAGUUCUCUAGCAAUCAUUCAAGUCUGAAUGUUUGUUAUUCUAUGUUGUUAUGGUACCCAGCUAAGGAACUCAUAUAUAAAGCUUCUGAAGUGUAUAAUUCAGGUUCUUUUGUGGUGUUUCACUGAAUAAUCUCUAAACAUUCAUAUCAGCCUGUUUCCAAAUAGAAUUGUUUGAUAAUAUGGCUUUAUAGCUUUGACUGAAAUAAUUCGAUGUCUUUUGACCAAGAAAAAAUGAAUUUUACCUGUAAGUUACUGCUGAAUCUGACACAACAGUCAUGGUGUUACCACCUGGCAGGUGUAUAUGGGUAUGCUGGUUGCCUGAGAAGCAAAGAUCACUAGUUUAUACUCACAGAAACUAGAGUUUUUUAUUAUAAUUUUGUAUCACAUUGUCUAAUUCAUGCUUUAUUUUUCUACAAAGUUGCUACUGUCGUCUAAGCAUUUGUCAAACCGGUUAACAAAUUUUUAUAAACUUCAGCCAGAACCACAUUUUUCUUAUUAUUGUUGCAAAAAUGUUGUCCUGCAAGACUGUUCUGUAGGCAGUGUAAAUAGGUGAAUGUUACUUGGUAAGAGUUCUUGUCUGUAUAAGCAGUUCCUCCGUCUCUGGCCAUUAAAAGUUUGUAAGCAGCUCAUUAGUGACACCUGCCAUAUGAACCCGUGUAGCCUCCGAAAUGUCACAAAUAAAUAAAAAAAACUUAAAAUGUAGUGACUUGUUA